AUGUUUGGCAACACAUGCUAUAGGGCUUAUAGUUAUCUCAAAUCCAAGGACUCGGAGAAAAAGGUGGUCUUAAACGACGUUUACUGCGAUUUUCUCAAUAUAACGGACUGUACGCUAACGGAGACCGCGGAUCGGGUGGCCAUCACUGCCUGUGAACAAAAUUACGUACAUAUCGAGAGAGAAAUCAGCAUAUUGAAAUCGUGCAAUCACGUGAACAUUGUCAAACAUUACCAAUCGUGGCUCGAGCAAGCUACACCCUGCAGCGAACUCGAUAAAAUUUACAUCCAGAUGGAAUACUGCGAACAUAAUCUUGAUCACGUAUCGGCAAUUAUACAAAGUGUAUAUAAACGCAAAACAAACGAGAUGAUUAGCCCGGUGGCGUAUUUUAUCAUGCUAACUCUGAUCGAUGGUAUACUCGCUGGUAUUGAGUAUUUGCAUAGUAAGCGCAUAAAGCAUCGCAAUAUCAACAUGAACAAUAUAUUGCUGAAAGGGUCCGUGGUGAAGGUAUGCGAUUUCGGAUUGGCCAAGGUGAUUGAAUCGUCGUCGGAGAUACAUUCAAACGUGGGCAAAGUGAGCUAUAAAGCGCCCGAGGUGCAAAGUGGUGGCAAUUACAACACACUCGCCGACGUGUAUAGUCUCGGCGCUAUGUUUAUUCAAUUCAUGAAUGUCGAUAUUAACAAGCAAGAUGUGCAUCCGGAGCUAAAGGACUUAUUGGCCCGUAUGAUUGCAGGUGUGGCCAAUAAAAGACCAACUUGUUCAGAGUUGCUCAUUAUGUUUGGAAAGUCACCCGUGAUUUAUGAUCUGGAUCAAGUGCGUGCCGAUCAUCAU